AUGGCCGUCCUCGCGAGCAGAAGCCUGAAAGACGAUCUCGAGGACUUGAACGACACGAGGAAAGCGAUCGAGAAUGCGGAAUGCCGUGCCCGCCUCGAUCACAAGAGGACCGAUUCCAAGCAAAAUUUGAAAAAUAGCCGGGAGUAUGCGCAAGCUCUGCACCGUGAGGCGGAUCAGCUGUACCGCAGCGGCGAUUACGAGUCGGCUUUGGUGCUUUACCAUAGAGCGGCCAACUUGUACCCAAAGGACAGUAGCCACGGUGUCGCGGCGAGGAGGACGGCGGCGACGAUAAGCUCUUGCAAUAAUCCAUCGAAAGCCGUGAGGAAAGUUUCACCGAUCUCUGGGGAACAAUUGACCGCAGUCCUGUGUCCGGAAACCGCCGCCAUCAUAGCGAACGAGAAGCUAAAGAAAUCGCCGGAACCGGCGACGAUCCCCGAGGUACUGAGUUACUUCGACAAUCACAAAAGCUACUGGAAAACUCAACCGUCCCCCCGUGUGUCGAGCAAUCAGCUGGCAAAAUCGAAAAUGGCGCACAAACAGAUGAACAAUCUCGCCGAGACGUCGUUGAAGAAUCUCCAAGCGUCGUUCGACUCUGGAAAAAUGUCGUCCGCGUUGAAGAUCGCCCAGGAGCUGUUACUCGUUUCGGGAGGUUUCCAUGAUCCCACGCGUUACCAGAUAGCCGCCUAUCAUUACCUGUCCCUGAUCCACGUCGCUCUGGGAAGGCACGACCGCGCCGUGUGCAGCGUGUCCCGUUUGAUCCGUUUGUCGAAGAGCACCGCGGACGUGAAUCUGUUGUGUCGCUCGUUGGUCACGUUGGGCAAGGUGCAUCUCAGCUUCGGCCAUCUCGAGGCGGCCGCGAAGGCGUGGGAGCAUCUGGCCAAGGAUCUGAAGAAACCGAUCCCGGUCGCUUGGAUCAGGCACGAGAUUGGAAGAUGCUAUUUGGAGACUGGCAAGUACGAGAGGGCGAUGGAGAUGGGUUUCAGGUGCGUGGACGCGGCCACGAAAGGUAAUUCUAAGAAGUGGAUGCUGAACGGAAGGUUGUUGAUAGGUCAAAGCCUGGCCAAAUUAGGAAGAUUCGUGGAAUCGUUGGAGGAGCUGCAGGUGGCCGCGAAGAUCACGGAGGAGGAGGGCGACACCCCGAUGAUGUCGUACAUCCGCGACCUCAUCGACCAGGUGGCGCACGCCCUCCGCAUGAUCUCGUUCGAGAACGGGAGCUACGAGAUCGUUGCCUCCGCGAUCUCGCAGGACCAGGCGACGGCGAAGCAGAACGUGAACCUGUUCGUUAGCGAGCAAACGGUGAUAACCACCGUCUUCUCCCAGAGGAAGGUGAUCACGGGUGGGCGAAGGGAGGACGAGUCUGGGGACGAGGGGAGGAUAACGGUGGUGGACGAGCCGUUAACAAGUCCUGAUAAGAAAUCGUCGACUUACGCCCGUUCCGAUCUCGAGGAGGAGGGGGGCGGUGGCAAUUCCACGUUCAGGGUGAAGAAAUCAUCGUCCUCGGACCGGAAGAACAGAAGAAUUUCGUCCCCGCCCUCUAAAUCCUCCUCCCUGUCCUCCUCCCCCUCUUACUCGCCGAAAAUCAAGGAGGUGAGGGAGAAGAGGGUGAUGAAACCCAGGGAGAGGGCCCAGAAGAAGAUCGGGGGCAACAGCGGCAACACCAUGGGAACGUACGUGAUAGAGGAAGCGUUGGAGAAAGCAGCGGAGGAGCAGGUGAGCGACAACGAGGAGGGGGAGAUGGUGGACGAUGGUGUGAUAGCGAGGACUAUGGGAGGAAGAAUGCCCACCAAAUUGAGCGAGUUUGGCGAUAAGAUGACGCAGAGGGGGGAUAUGCUGGACGCUUUGCGCGUGAUCGAGGAGCUGGGCGAGAAGAACGAGGUGGAAUUGUUGGAGAUGCUAAGGGAGAUGCUGUUCUCAACCGAUAAUGACAAAGGUCGGCAAGGAGAUUUCGGCGAUUCGGGGGGGGAUGGAUUCCGGAACCCGAGAUUGGGACAGGAUAGGCAGGACGCCUUGAAUAAUCGUUCGAUCGUGAUCACGUUGCCUUCGAGCCCGCGAAAAUGUCACGCAAAUGGGGAUUUCAACGAUUGUGAUAUACGAUCGUUGGAAUUUGAUUAA